CAGAUGUUAAUCACCAGCAGAGUGGUUAUUGUUGAGGUCAAAUCCAUAAAAAUAACAUUUGAAGUACAGAUUCAUCCUCUUGGUUUCAAACAGACUGGUAUAAACCAAAUAUGUCCUGGUUCUUUGUGUUUCCACAGGUGAGAAACUGCUGUUAAAAAAUGACCCUACUCUGAUCCAUCAAGGUGUUCUCUUCAGUCAUUGGUCUGUCAGAUCAAAUGAUGAACUCCACCUUCACUCAUCCGCUCCUCAAUCGCUUUGGCAUGCCUUCCUCCGCUGGAUUCUGUGAGGACCCCACCAUCUCCCAGAACUCAGACUCUCUGUCCAACUCCGUCCCCUUUCUCUUCUACCCCCCUGCCAUGGACGCCACCAGCCUCAGCCUCUACAAGGCUCCUCUGAGGAACUCAGGCGGCACGGGGCUCCUGCCGUACCUGGCCCCGUUCCACCACCACGGACACUUUAGCGUCUACGAGUGUCCCUUUGAGCCAGCGUUCAUCCAGAAGCGGAACGAGCGUGAACGCCAGAGGGUAAAGUGCGUGAACCAGGGUUACGCCAAGCUGCGGGACCACCUGCCAGGUCAGAGUGCAGACAAGCGACUCAGCAAGGUGGAGACGCUGCGGGCCGCCAUCAGGUACAUCAAAUACCUGCAGGGCCUGGUGGAGCUGGAGGACGGCAGGCGGAGCGGGACGGAGUCGCCCCAAAGCUCCACAUCUGGUCCAGACUGUGGUGGAGAAUCAGAUGUUUGUGGGACAAACAGCCAGCAAUAAAGUUUUAAACUGAAAUCAGA